AACGCUUUUCCCUUUGUCAAGCACCAUGAAUUUCUGGCGAAACAGGCAACUUACAACCACCCUUGCGGUGUUGUUCGUUACCUUGUUCAGCAUUGUCUUGGCGGAUGAACAUAACCAUGUGUAUAAAUCAGGCGAAGAAGUGAUUGUAUGGAUGAACACGGUGGGACCUAUCCAUAACCGACAGGAAACCUAUCCUUACUUCCAACUCCCCUUUUGUCGCGGUGAAAGUAAAGUGGAGCACCAUCACGAAACUCUCGGUGAAGCUCUCCAGGGCAUGGACCUCAUUAACUCUGGCAUUGAUAUCAAAUACCUCGUUCCCGUAUCCGGUGCGACCAUAUGUAAAAGUAAACUGGAUAACAAGGACAUCAACGUGAUGCGAUACGCUGUAGCCAACAACUAUUGGUUUACCAUGUUUGUUGACGAUUUACCUGUCAGUGGACUGGUUGGACAGGCUGAUUUGGACAAUCUGCAAAAGGCAAGCCCGUUGCCUUCCUAUGUGUAUACACACAAACAGUUUGUCAUUGAAUACAACGGAAACAGAAUCAUUGCUGUCACGCUUCAAAGUGGAAAUAAGGUCGAGCUUCCACCGACUCUGACUGCUCUGGAAUUAGUGUUCACCUACUCUGUGGAAUGGAAACCGACCGAUAUUCCCUUUGAAACACGAUUCGAACGUCUCUUGGAAACCGACUUUUUCGAGCACAAGGUUCAUUGGCUGUCCAUAUUUAGCUCUUUCAUGAUGGUGCUUUUCCUCACCGGCCUUGUCUCGAUCAUCUUGCUUCGAACUAUUAAGCGAGACUUCUCUCGCUACGAACGUGAAGAAGGACUAACUGAUUUUGAUCGUGAUUUGGGUGACGACUACGGUUGGAAACAAGUCCAUGGAGAUGUAUUCCGUCAACCUCCUCGUCUAAUGCUGCUGUCAUCACUCAUGGGAGCUGGUAACCAGUUGGUUCUGUUGACUGGGAUUGUUAUUCUGUAUACCAUUAUCGGUGAUCUGUACGCCGAAAGGGCCACCAUUUUGACAGCUUCCAUCUUCUUUUACACAUUGACCUCGUUUGUGGCUGGAUACACAAGCUCUCGAUAUUAUGCAAGUUAUGGCGGCAAGGAUUGGGUGAGAAACGUGAUCUUGACCGCCAGUAUUGUCCCUGGUGCGGUGACUCUGAUUGGUGGCUAUGUCAAUAGUGUAGCCAUCUACUAUUCCAGUUCCCGUGCCAUUGCUUUUCCCGUUCUUCUGUCUGUAUUGGCUAUUUGGGUCUUUUUAUGCUUCCCGCUUACAUUGCUUGGAGCGAUUGUGGGACGUAACUGGGGUGCGCGAAUGGAUUUCCCAUGUCGUGUGAACCCUAUUCCACGUCCAAUUCCGGAAAAGGUGUGGUAUGCUGAACCGCUGAUGAUUAUUGCCAUGGGUGGUAUUCUGCCUUUCGGGUCCAUCUUUAUCGAAAUCUACUUCAUCUUCACUUCUUUCUGGACCUACAAGAUCUAUUAUGUCUACGGCUUUAUGCUGUUUGUCUUUAUCAUCUUGUUAGCCGUCAGUGCUUGUGUCGCCAUUGUCAGCACCUACUUUUUACUCAACUCGGAAGAUCAUCGCUGGCAUUGGUUAAGCUUCCUUACUUGUGCAUCUACCGCAGGCUAUGUGUACCUCUAUUCCUUGUAUUAUUUCCUGGCCAAAACCAAAAUGACAGGCAUGUUCCAGACGAGUUUCUAUUUCGGAUACACGGCUUUACUGUCCCUGGCCAUCUUUUGCAUGCUAGGUUUUGUCGGUCAUUACGCGACAAGACUGUUUGUGCGCAAGAUAUAUCAAAACGUGAAAAUCGAUUAAACCCCUGUUUCCCAAUCCUAUUCAAGAUCUCCAUCGUGCUGUUACCCCCUUCCCCCAUUUUUUUUUUAUCUUUUCUUUUCCCUUAGGCCACGUACUUUGACUAGAUCCAUGGCAGUGCUGAGAAAAAGAAAAAGGCAAACAGAAAUGCCAAAAAGCAAACAAUACAAAUGUUUAUAUAUCUCAAA